AAAAUGGUAAUGGCAUUGGUUAAUUGUUAAUGGUCUCUUGUUCGGUUGUUCUGUUCCCAACGUGGUGUGUGUAGUAAUACAAGGUGUCAUAACUAAUAGGGGAGUUAUCCUGUGUUUUGUUUUAUAAUUGCUGUUUGCGAUGGCUAAACUUUGCUUAAAAAAGAAGAGCAAAAGAAUUAAAGCUAGUACAAGAUACAAAAUAGAAAAAAAAGUUAGAGAACAUAACAGAAAAAUCAAGAAAGAAGCGAAGAAGAAAGCUAAAGGGAGAAAGAAUAAAAUGAUAACAGUGCCAAAUAUUUGCCCUUUCAAAACUGAGAUUCUACAAGAAGUGGCUGAAUACAAGAAACGAAAAGAAGAGGAGCGACUGAAGCAGAGGGAAAUUUGGAAGACAGAACAAGAAAAAAAGAAAGGGUUGGAAGGUCUUGUAGCUGAUGCCAACUCAAAAGUCAGCCUUUAUGAGCAGUUUGAGGAUGAGCCUAUGAAAGAUGAUGAGAUAAAGGUUAAUGAAAAAUCAGAUGGAUCUGUAAAAGCUUACUACAAAGAGUUCAAAAAGGUGAUUGAAGCAGCUGAUGUGGUGUUAGAGGUGGUGGAUGCCAGGGACCCAAUGGGUACUCGGUGCAAACAGGUGGAGUCAGCUGUCAUGCAAUCGCCAGCCCGGAAAAGGCUUAUAAUAGUUGUCAACAAAGCAGAUUUAGUGCCGAGGGACAACUUGGAGAAGUGGCUGGAAGUGCUUAGAGGCAGUUUUCCCACAGUGGCAUUUAAGGCUUCAACCCAGACCCAGGCCCAGAGGCUGGGGAGGCGGAAGAUGAGCAAGAAAAAACACAAGAGUGCUGGUGCAGAGCUCAAGGUGUCAUCGUGUGUUGGAGCCGAGCUGCUCAUGUCCCUGCUGGGGAACUAUUGCCGCAACAACGGUAUUAAGACAGCUAUCAGGGUUGGUGUUGUUGGUAAGUACCUUUUCAACAUAUCAAUGUUAAUUAUCAUUCCUUAUGAAAUUGAUGAUUUAUCCAACUAG